AUGGGCGGUGGUGCUCAGACUGCGGCCAUCGGCCGGCCCGACUGGGCGGGUGCGGCGCGCCAUCACAUUUGGCUCGAGCCUGGUUAUCUUGGUCCUCGUCAUUGUUUGGCGUGGGAUGACGCGUUGUAUGCGUGGUCCCCGUUGGGAGAGGACUGCCGCGAUGGCUCCGCCGGGGACGGCAUUGGCUCGAACAACGCCGGGAACGGACCGGAUCGGGUGGAUACCGGGGGUAAGGUCCUUCGCGGGGGUCCGUCGCCGUCGGAGUCGGCAAACGGAGGUAGCCGGGGGGAGGGACCGCCGAUCAGCUUACUGCAGUAUAACAAAACAAUGAACCCAUCGCCUCCCACCCGAGCCCCGCGGCUGUCAUGCAACUCCUGA